AGGUAGUCCGUUGGCCCAGGGGUGGGGAUGUGUGUCCUGUGGACACCCUGUGCCCGGCAGGCAUGACGCGACAACAAAGUCACUUGAUUGGAACAGAGCGGUUCGCUCUUACCAGGCUUUCGUAUCUGCCCCUUCCUCUCCACCCGGUGGAAGGGGCAGGUAACUUGUCCAAGUCCGCUGUCUUACAGUCUUUCCUGGAAAAGGGAGAUAGAUGGCCACCUCCAGCAGGGCAAUGAAAAUUCCAGAAAGUCACUGAGCUGCUCAACAAAAGGCCUUGAACACCCUGCCCCGAGGUGCAGCCUGGCAAAGACUCCGUGGUGCUGGCAAUGCAGAGAACCGAAGAGAGCCUCGGGAAUGAAAAUCUGAUUUACAAAAAGGGACACAGGACCAUGGGAGACCACCUUGACCUUCUCUUAGGAGUGGUGCUCAUGAUCAGUCCUGUGUUUGGAAUUUCCCCCUGCUCGUUUGAUGGUCAGAUGGCCAUAUAUCAUUUCUGCAACCUCACCCAGGUCCCGCAGGUCGUCAGCACCACUGAGAGGCUUCUGCUAAGCUUCAACUAUAUCAGGACACUAAAUACCUCGUCAUUCCCCUUCCUGGAAAAGCUGCAGCUUCUGGAGCUCGGAACCCAGUACACCCGCCUGACUAUUGAUAGAGAGGCCUUCAGAAACCUGCCCAAUCUUAGAAUCUUGGACCUGGGUGGAAGUCACAUAGAUUUCUUGCAUCCAGAUGCUUUUCAGGGACUAUCCCAUCUGUUUGAACUUAGACUGUUUUCCUGUGGUCUCUCUGACAUUGUAUUAAAAGACGGUUAUUUCAGAAAUUUAAAGUCUUUAACUCGCCUGGACCUAUCCAUAAAUCAGAUUAGUAGCCUUUACCUUCAUCCUUCAUUUCAGGAAUUGAGUUUGUUAAAGUCCAUAGAUUUUUCCUUCAAUGAAAUACACACUCUAUGUGAGAGGGAGCUCAAGCCCCUCCAAGGGAAAACACUUUCCUUUUUCAGCCUCGCAAAUAAUAAACUAUAUAGCAUCAGCUCAGUGGACUGGGGGAAAUGUAUAAACCCAUUCAGAAAUGUGGUGCUGGAAACCCUAGAUGUUUCCAGCAAUGGCUGGACAGUGGACACUACAGGAAACUUUAGCAAUGCCAUUAGUGGAACCCAGAUUUUCUCUUUGAGUCUUGCCCACCACACCAUGGGUUCUGGGUUUGGUUUCAAUAACAUAAAAGAUCCUGACCAGAACACAUUUGCAGGCCUGGCCAGAAGCUCAGUGAUACACCUGGAUCUUUCCCAUGGGUUUAUCUUUUCUCUGAACUCCCUGCUCUUUGAGACACUCAAGGACUUAAAGGUUCUGAAUCUUGCCCACAACAAGAUAAACAAGAUUACAGACAAGGCAUUUUAUGGACUUGACAAUCUCCAAAUGCUCAAUAUAUCAUAUAACCUUCUGGGGGAACUUUAUAAUUCAAAUUUCUAUGGACUAACUAAGGUAGCCUAUAUUGAUCUGCAAAAGAAUCACAUUGGGAUAAUUCAAGACCAAACAUUCAGAUUCCUGGGAAAAUUAAAUACUUUGGAUCUCCGAGACAAUGCUCUCAAAACCCUUAAUUUUAUUCCAAGCAUAUCUACCAUCUUCUUGGGCAGCAAUAAACUGGUGACUUUGCCCAAGAUCAACCUUAGAGCCAACUUCAUCAGCUUAUCAGAAAACAGGCUGGAAAACAUGGACGAUCUCUACUUUCUUCUCCAGGUCCCUCAUCUUCAGGUUCUUAUCUUAAAUCAAAAUCGCUUAUCUUCUUGUAACCACCGUCCUACCUCUUCAAAGAAUCUCAGCAUAGAACAACUUUUCCUUGGAGAAAAUAUGUUGCAACUUGCCUGGGAAACUGAACUUUGUUGGGAUGUCUUUAAAGGGCUUUCCCAUCUCCAAAUUCUGUAUUUGAAUAAUAACUACCUUAAUUUCCUUCCACCAGGAAUAUUUAGUGAUUUGAUUGCCUUAAGGGGACUCAGUCUCAACUCUAACAGGCUGACAGUUCUUUCUUCUGUUGAUUUGCCUGCUAAUUUGGAGAUCCUGGAUGUAUCCAGAAACCAACUCCUUGUUCCCAAUCCUGAUUUAUUUGUAUCACUUAGUGCCUUGGACAUAACUCAUAAUAAGUUCAUUUGUGUGUGUGAACUCAGCCCUUUCAUCAAUUGGCUUAAUCAAACCAAUAUCACUAUAUUUGGAUCUCCUGUGGACAUAGCCUGCACAUACCCUGACUCCCUCUCUAGGAUUUCCCUCUCCUCAAUUUCCACAGAAGGUUGUGAUGAAGAGGAAAUGUUAAAGUCCCUAGCAUUUUCCCUUUUCAUCUUAUUCACUGUCACUCUGACUCUGUUUCUCAUGGCCAUCCUCACAGUUAUAAAGCUCCGGGGCUUUUGUUUUGUCUGUUACAAGACGGCCCAGAGACUGGGAUUCCAGGACCAUCCCCAGGAAAUAGAGGCUGACACCUACAAAUAUGACGCCUAUUUGUGCUUCAGUAGCAAAGACUUCAAAUGGGUGCAGAAUGCUUUGCUUAAACACCUGGACACUCAGUACAGCGACAAAAACAGAUUUAACCUCUGCUUUGAAGAAAGAGACUUUGUCCCAGGGGAAAACCACAUCACCAAUAUCCAGGAUGCUGUGUGGAGCAGCAGAAAGAUUGUUUGUCUAGUGAGCAGACACUUCCUUAGAGAUGGCUGGUGCCUUGAAGCCUUCAGUUAUGCCCAGGGCAGGUGCUUGUCUGACCUCAAUAGUGCCCUCAUCAUGGUGGUGGUUGGGUCCCUGUCCCAGUACCAGUUGAUGAAACAUCAAUCCAAGGGAUUUGUACAGAAACAGCAAUAUUUGAGAUGGCCUGAGGAUCUCCAGGAUGUUGGCUGGUUUCUUAAUAAACUCUGUCAACAGAUAGUAAAGAAAGGAGAAGAAAAGAAGAAAGACAAUAAUAUUCAAUUGCAAACUAUAGCAACCAUCUCCUAAUCAAAAGAGCUGUUUUCAACUUAUCUCAAGCUACAAAUAAGUCUUCAUUUUAUAUUUGCACCAAGUUACCAUUUUGGACUCCUUUUUGGAGGUUUUUUUGUUUUUUGCUUCUAUGAAAACAAUAUAAAUCUCUUAAUUUUCACAUCAA